UUUAAAUAUGGCCAGUGCGAGGUUCUAGAAGCAAAUAUAAAAGACAGCUCCAUGGGAGAUUGCUAAAAGGACCACAUCUCUCUCUCUCUCUCUCUCUCUCUCACUCCCUCUUCCCUUUCUUUGUCGUCCUUGCCCUCGAUCGCGGUCGAUUAGGCGGUGAAUUUGAUCGUAGAUUUUGUUUUUUGCUUCGGUUUGGAUCGGACGCCCGCUUGAGUAUGAAGAGAUCGGUUGAGGAUCUGGAUCUCUCUCCAGGCUAAUUGGUUCGUUUUUGUAGAAUUUAUCUCUUCUGUCUUGAUUGGGAGAUUGGGAAGAAAGAUGAGUUAUUUGAAUUCGAUUAACGGUGCUGAAGCCAACGGUGCACCAGUUAGCGGUGGAGGACUCAGUCAAAACUUGAAGUUCAGUUAUGGAUAUGCAAGCUCUCCAGGUAAAAGAUCUUCAAUGGAGGACUUCUAUGAGACAAGAAUUGAUUGUAUAGAUGACCAAAUUGUAGGUUUGUUUGGUGUGUUUGAUGGUCAUGGUGGUGCACAAGUGGCAGAGUAUGUAAAACAAAACCUUUUCAGCAAUUUACUUCAGCAUCCCAAGUUCAUUAGUGAUAUCAAGUCAGCUCUAGCUGAAGCAUACAAACAUACAGAUUCAGAGUUCUUAAAAUGUGAGAACAGUCAAAAUCGAGAGGCUGGUUCGACUGCUUCAACUGCAGUUCUUGUUGGUAAUCGUUUAGUUGUAGCAAAUGUUGGGGACUCAAGAGUUGUUAUAUGUAAGGGAGGAGAUGCUAUAGCUGUCUCAAGGGAUCACAAGCCUGACCAAACAGAUGAGAGGCAAAGGAUUGAGGAUGCUGGGGGCUUUGUGAUGUGGGCAGGAACAUGGCGCGUUGGUGGUGUCCUUGCCGUUUCUCGUGCAUUUGGUGAUAGGCAUUUGAAGCGAUUUGUUGUUGCAGAUCCGGAAAUUCAUGAGGAGGAGGUUGAUGGAUCUCUCGAGUUCGUAAUUCUUGCAAGUGAUGGAUUAUGGGAUGUUGUUUCAAAUGAGGAAGCUGUGGAGAUGGUAAAAUCCUUUGAGGAUCCAGAACAAGCAGCCAAGAAGCUGUUGCAGGAGGCAUAUCAAAGAGGCAGUGCAGACAAUAUAACCUGUGUCGUCGUGCGUUUCUUGGCUAGUACUGAUGAAACUACAAGAAAAUUGUAGGUGAAAACCCCUCUCCUUGCUUCUCUUUUAUCCCCUAUAUGCCGUCUGUAAUUGUUUUAGGACUUUAAAUCUGGGCGAUGAGAAUUGGUUGCUCUUUUAUUUGGAGUGAUCAAUGAGGUUGUUCUUAUUAUUCUAACCUACUGAGCGUGUGUGACUGUAUGUGGUACGUGAUUAUGAAACUGAAUACAGAUAGAUACUCUGUUUUAGAUUUCCAUCAAUUAUUUUUUUUUAAGAUUUCAA